CCAGCAGCGUAGUAUGUUUUUGUUUUUUACACGUCCCAUGGGGACGCUGGGAAAUCGCAUGCAAAAUGUUCGUGAACGUUUGGGUGAAGAGUUUCUGGAAAAGCUGGAUUCGCUUCACCUGGGUGCAUUGCGUACGAAUUUGGUGUCCAGACAUGAUCUGCAGGAGGCAUAUCGUAAGGCUCGCGACAUGGAACGCAACCCCAAUAGACUGAAUAUGGUUUGGUAUGUGCUGGGUAUCAUGUUGUUUAUAAUGAUUGCAACACCCGUAUUUUACGAGACCAUUUCAUUUCUGUUGGGCGUGCGUUGCUUUCUGCCCAACAACAAUCUCGUGUGGGAAGCCACUCGUCCCAUCAGUGAUUGCCAAUUCUGCAAGGGCAUUAAGGGCCCACUAAUUCUACGCAAUUUAACGCGAGAGGAAUUUACACCAUACGCUUACUCGUCUCUACCCAUUAUAAUGAAACAAUCCGUGGCUCACUGGCCAGCCAAACGACGACUCAACUAUGCUUAUCUGAAAGAUCUGUAUGCCAGUGUUCCCGGCGCUUCGGAUACCAAUUGCCCAUUUCAGCACUUUAAUUCGGAUCUCAAAUCGCUGCAUGAUGUCUUUCGCAUGCCAAAAGAACGUGCAAACCUAAGCGAAGGCGCACCUUGGUUUGUAGGAUGGAGUGUUUGCAAUCCUGAUCUGCUUGCCGAGCUCCGUAAGCUGUAUCCGCGUCCGCACUUUUUGCCCGUGGAUGCUGAAAUGCCGCACUCGGACUUCAUCCUAAUGGGAUAUGAACAGGGUGCUGUUAUGCAUCUUGACUAUAUACCUCGUUUAAUGUGGCAAGCCCAACUGCAGGGUAAUAAGAGUUGGUUCCUGGCGCCUGCGCCAGAGUGCGAUCAUCAAUGCCAAUCAUUUUCCUUCUACGUGGAGCCAGGGGAUGCAGUGCUGGUUGACACACGCAUUUGGUAUCAUGCCAACACAGUUCCCAAGGGCCAGUUCUCGCUCACAAUCCAGUCAGAGUAUGGCUGAUAACGAUAAGGUCUUAUAAACAUAAGCGUGUAAAAGUCUGAUUAUUCAUUCAUUAUUCUUAGUUUUUUUAAAUAAACAGAUUACUGUAACAAAA